CUCAGCCUGGAACCCCACGGGUACUGCCCCGCCGGCGCGAUCGGGACCGCUGGACCGGCACUCUCUGCCUUGUCCUAAGUCAAGUGUCCGAGUCGCCGGGAAACUCAGGCGGCGAGUUGGCCACAGGAAGUUUAUUCUCGGGCUCCUUUUCUAAACGGAGGAAACAGAAGUUUCUCCCAACCGGCAGCUUUUCUUUUUCGCCUUUUUGGCGCCCUGUAAGAUUGGGGAGGGAGUCCCCAAGAGCUGCCAAGCGACGCCCGCUGGGCUCCUAGUCUUUUUGCGUUGCCCAUUUUUGAUUCAGUCCUUGGGUCCCGGUGGAGCUCCGGCUGCGCGCGGGGGCGGAAGGGCGCGCGCAGGGGAGGGACCGAGGGACGCGCCGACUUUUUAGAGGGAGGGACCCGGUGGACAACCGGUUCCGCGGAGCUUGAAGAGCAGAAACGAAGUGCGGUGCGCGGCGAUCGGGGGGUCACUUUCCGAGUGUCGCCGCCUCCCCGUCUGCCUCGGUUGGGGGACAGCCCCGGAGCGAAGAACCCAGCCCGCGGUGGGGCCGGUGGACCAGCGAGCGCGCAGCAGACUGCGCGACCGCGGCGAGGGCGGGGAAGAAAACCACCCUGUUUCCUCUCCGGCCCCCACCGCGGAUCAUGUACCAGGAUUAUCCCGGGAACUUUGACACCUCGUCCCGGGGCAGCAGCGGCUCUCCUGCGCACGCCGAGUCCUACUCCAGCGGUGGCGGCGGCCAGCAGAAGUUCCGGGUAGAUAUGCCUGGCUCAGGCAGCGCCUUCAUCCCCACCAUCAACGCAAUCACCACCAGCCAGGACCUGCAGUGGAUGGUCCAGCCCACAGUGAUUACCUCCAUGUCCAACCCUUAUCCACGCUCACACCCCUACAGCCCCCUGCCAGGGCUGGCUUCAGUCCCUGGGCACAUGGCUCUCCCCAGGCCCGGUGUGAUCAAGACCAUCGGUACCACUGUGGGCCGCAGGAGGAGAGAUGAGCAGCUGUCUCCUGAAGAGGAAGAGAAGCGUCGAAUCCGGAGGGAGAGGAACAAGCUGGCUGCAGCCAAGUGUCGGAACCGUCGCCGUGAGCUGACCGAGAAACUGCAGGCGGAGACAGAGGAGCUGGAAGAGGAGAAAUCUGGUCUGCAGAAAGAGAUCGCUGAGCUGCAGAAGGAGAAGGAAAAGCUGGAGUUCAUGUUGGUGGCCCAUGGCCCUGUGUGUAAAAUCAGCCCUGAGGAGCGCCGAUCGCCUCCAACCACCGGGCUGCAGCCCCUCCGUGGUACAGGCGCUGUGGUGGUGAAGCAAGAGCCUCUGGAAGAGGACAGCCCCUCUUCCUCAGUGGUAGGGAUGGACAAGACCCAACGCUCUGUCAUCAAACCCAUCAGCAUUGCUGGGGGUGGUUUCUAUGGGGAAGAGCCUCUGCACACCCCCAUCGUGGUGACCUCCACACCUGCCAUCACUCCAGGCACUUCAAACCUUGUCUUCACCUACCCCAGUGUCCUGGAGCAGGAGUCGCCUGCGUCACCCUCGGAGUCCUGCUCCAAGGCUCAUCGCAGAAGCAGUAGCAGUGGUGACCAGUCGUCAGACUCCUUGAACUCCCCCACACUGCUGGCCCUGUAACCCUGUGCAACUCUGGUCAGCUCUGGAGGAGUCAUCAGCAUUGUCACCCUUCCCGGGGACCAGUACCUUUAGCACUCCAGGGCCAUGAGGGCAGAAGGGGGACCUUGGCUCUGGGGACCCAGUGGGACUUAGUGGUGAGGUCCUGGUUGAUGUCUUGGAAGCCCCGGGAAUCCCUUCCCUCAUUCAUCUUGCAAGCAAUUCCUCUUUCUUGAGAAGCCGAGGAGAACUUGGCUUUGGUGGACCCUGACGUCUGUCCUGCUUCUGAAGCUCCUGGAGCUGGCCUGGAUGGUUCCUGUCCCGUUGUUACACCGUUGUCUCUGGAGUGAUGGUGUCCUCUCCUGCCCCACCACGCAUGCUCAGUGCCUUUUGGGUUCCCCUCCUUCCUGCAGUCUCAGUGUCGCUCCCAUGACAUUUCAUCUGGGUGGUCCCGGUAUUAAAACGCUUUUAUGUCUGGAGCUAGGGGAGCAGGUGACUCUUCCCCUGGGGUGGACAUGUCCCGAAGGGGCAGUCAAAGUGCAAUAUUAUUGAAACUUCCCUCCCACGCACCCCAGCGCUGCCAUCACAGACCACCAGCCGGCUCCCUGAGUUCUGCAGGUGAGGCUGUCA